AUGUCUUACUACCCCCCACCACAAGAACCCUACUACGGCGGACGCCCUCCAUACGACCGUCCGCCAUACGACCGUCCUCCCUACGAGGGCGGUCCUCCCCCGGAGCGGCCCCCCUAUGAUCGUCCUCGUUACGAGGGUUCUCCUUACGACCGCCCUUCCUAUGAGCGCCCCCCUCCAGAGAGAUACAACUCCGGUCCUCCCCCGCCGGAGCGCCCUCCCUAUGACCGUCCCCCAUACGGUGACCGGCCUCCCUACGAAGGCGGCGAGCGCGGCUUCGACUCCCCUGCUCCUCGUCCUCCCUACGAAGGUGGCGAGCGCGGCUUCGACUCUCCUGCUCCUCGUCCUCCCUACGCCAGCCCUCCUCCUUCCGCUCGUCCUCCUCCCGUCCCUCCCCCUCCUCUUCCCAUGGAAUGGGCCCAGGAGUGGGAGCCCAGCCUCCGCCGCGCCUACUACGUCCACAUGCCUUCCGGCCGCACAGAAUGGGAGCUUCCCGCUGACAUGUCCCGCGAUAUGCCUCCCCCUGGUCCUCCCCCGGCCGGUGGUCCGGGCUACUACGCAAGCCCCCCUCCGCCGCAGGAGGGCGGGUACUACCCCGACCCCCAGGCACAGCAGAUCUCCGAGGAGGAGCAGAAGAAGAAGGACCGUAAGAACAUGCUUAUGGGUGGCGCAGCUGGUCUGGCUGUUGGUGCUCUCGGCGCUGCAUUCAUUUCCCACGAGAUUCACGAACACGAGGAAGAAAAGGAGGAAGAGGAGCGUGAAGAACAACAGUCGUAUGACUAUGACCGGCCGCCUGUCGUCUACGAGCGUGAAACUACUAUCAUCGAACGUGGAGAGGAGCCUGCAUAUGAUUACGAGGAGGAUGGAUGGUAG